ACCCGUAGGUAUACACUGAAAAGUGAAAACGAAGAAAAUGAUUCAAAUGAGCGGCAGCCGAGCCGGCCAAGAUGAUUACGAGUUAAGUUGAAUAUUACAUUAUUUUCUUAUCACUCUGGUUUUCAAUUUCACUCUGUGUAUUUGUUCGAAAUUAAAAAUUCUGGGUUUUGAUAAUUGAACCAUGUUUUAUUAUUUCUGCAAAACACUAAUCUCUAUUAGAGGUGGAAUCACAAGGAUUUCACCAGCACCCCUCUAUCUCAGUUUUAUUCAAAACUGUGCAGUAAGUUCGUUAUCUGUUAGAUUCAUUUCAAAGAUUCCAAGCAAUGAACGCCCAUUUACAGUUUCUUACCUUAUAAAUUCUUGUGGGUUCUCUCCAGAAUCCGCGUUAUCAGUUUCCAAAAGAAUACACUUUGAAUCCUCCGAAAGGCCUGACUCGGUUAUCUGCUUCUUCAAGAACCAUGGCUUUUCACAAUCCCAAAUCAGAAACCUCAUUAGGAGAAGACCCAGAUUGCUUUUGGCAAAUCCUGAUAAAACCUUUGUUCCUAAAUUCCAAUUCUUUCGCUCUAAAACUAUUUCAAGUUCUGAGCUUAACAUGAUCUUAUCUUCAAACCCCCAUGCUUUAGAAUGUGAUUUGGAUAACAGAAUUGUCCCCGGUUUCAAUUUCUUCAAGGAUUUAACUCAAUGUAGUGAUUAUAAGGUUUUCCUAGCUUACAAGAACUGUUCAAGCAUUCUUACACGCAAUUUGUUCAUCAUGGCUCGGAACAUUUCCUUUUUGCGAGAGAAAGGGGUGCCUGAAUCGAUGCUUGUGAAUAAACUUAUUGUUCACCCAAGAAUCUUUGCUGUGAAUCCUGAAAAAUUCAGAACAACAGCUGAAGGAGUUGAGAAAUUGGGUUUUGAUCCUUUAAAGCAAUAUUUCCUUAUAGCACUUCAAGCUUUGAUUCAGAUUAGCAAAUCGACAUGGGAAAGGAAAUUUAAUGUUUUUAAGCAAUGGGGAUGGUCUGAUGAAGAUGUUAUUUCUGCUUUUGAGAAGUAUCCGAGGUGUAUGAUCUUUUCCGAGCACAAGAUCACUGCGAAUAUGGAUUUCUUUGUCAACACAAUGGGCUGGAAAUCUUCUCGUAUUGCAGACCAUCCAGUUGUUCUUUCCUAUAGCUUGGAGAAGAGAAUUAUCCCUAGGUGUUUGGUUCUUAAGGCUCUGUUAUCCAGAGGUCUGAUCGAGGAAUACUCUUUUUGUACUUUGUUGGUGAAUACUGAAAAACAGUUCCUCCGGAGAUUUGUGACCCCUUUUCAGGAUCCUUUUCUUUUGAAGUUAUAUGUGGAGAAACAAGCAAUUUCAGAUUAGAUACCAAGAUUGUAGAUGCUAAAACCGAACAAAUGUGACUGCCCAUCGUAAAAACACCGAACAAAUGCGACUGUCCAUCAUGUUUUUAUGUAAGUUUUGGUCUUCUUUGUUUAGAAUUGUUGUAUGAUUGGUUAAACUUUUUUCGGCUAUUAAUCAUUCAGUGAAUUGAUUAACC